AUGCCAUCAACUGCUGGUGACAGCACCACCACAAGCGCCACCUCGAACAAGAAAGUAAAACAACUCAACCGAAGUAAAUCAUCACCAAUCCCAACAUCGAGUUCAAACGCCUCCUUAAGCUCGUCGACUGCAGCCCCAGCAAAGUCGAAAAAGCGCGUCGUUUCGAGCGAUUCCACAUUUGCAUUGAGCCGUCAAGAUACCGUCACCACAUUUCCAUCACGACCUACAAGAAAGAGAACAGCGAGCAGCAGCGGCGGCGGCGGGCGUAACAUGAGCAUAAACCGAGCCCAAAUCUUGCAUCGUUGCAACCCGGCGACUCCCAACGCCAUGGAGUCGCCUCAAACUCCCACAUUUAGCUUUUUCAGCGCGGUAGUUGCAUCACCUCCGCCACCAUCACAAUCACAACAACAAACAUCUCAUCCAGACGUGUCCAUGUCUUCAUCGGGAUCAAACUCACCGACUGCCAAUGGGGUCGUUGCAUCACCGCUCGUAUCAUUAUCGAGCCGAUUUGCAAAUUACAAAUUGACGUCUUCUAACACUGCCAAUAUCCCAAAACACAACAGCAUAUUGAGCCAUACUGAUUAUCUCACUGUCGACAUAAGCAGAGACGGCGAGCUGAUUUACAGUUAUGAUGAAGAAUACGGGUAUUCACCUAGCACUCGCCAUAGCUCAGUGGAGUACUUGGGGGGCGAAAAUGAAUUUAGCAAGAGGAAACAGGGCGAAAACGAAGCUUAUGGUGACGCGUUGGUUAAACCUAAGCGUAGAUCGGUUAGGUUUUCUAGUGAAGUUAAAGUACAGAGGUGA